AAAUCAUGUGAUCAUGUGACGCUUCCUGGAGCUUUACUUUCACGCAUCACUUUUGCUCUCCGCAACAACAUUGUCCAGCAGCAAACCCUAAAUCCACCGCAGGAUUUUGCGCUCGUUUACGGCAUGGCUAACGGUGAGCGAUCGCCUUUGCUGUCGGACAGUCGCGAUGGAAUGAACGGGCUGUCACCGGGAGAUGAGCCCUACCGACCUCCGAGCAAACCACAGAAUUUCCCAGCGUUCCCGUCAGCUCCUCCCGCGUCGAUGCUGGGAGAGGCUCCUCCACCGUACUCCCCGCUGGGCUCUCCGGAGAGCGGCAGUGCUCCUGUUAUCAGCUGCAGAGUGUGUCAGUCGCUUAUUAGUGUGGAGGGUAAAAUCCACCAGCAUGUGGUCAAAUGCGGCGUCUGCAAUGAGGCUACGCCCAUAAAGAAUGCUCCAGCAGGAAAGAAGUAUGUGAGGUGUCCGUGUAAUUGUCUUCUCAUCUGCAAAGUCACCUCGCAGAGGAUUGCCUGCCCUCGACCUUACUGUAAGCGAAUUAUCAAUUUAGGUCCAGUUCAUCCUGGUGCCAGUAGUCCGAAUCCUCAGCCUAGUGGUGCCAGAGUUUCCUGUGGCCACUGUGGAAACACUUUUCUGUGGACAGAAUUUACAGAUCGGACAUUGGCUCGCUGUCCACACUGCAGAAAAGUCUCAUCGAUUGGCCAGAGGUACCCUAGAAAGCGGAGUUUGAUAUGUUUCCUGCUGUGCUUGAUCUGCAUUAUAACGACUGCAGGAUUGAUUGCUGGCACGUGGUGGAAGGCAAUGAAAUAUAAGGGGAUUUAUGCCUCCUGGGUAUUUUUCAUUCUCCUGGUGCUGAUCACUUUGGUCCGAGCUUUACAUUGGGCCUGCAUGAAAAUCAGUGAACCGCUGCACAACUACUCAUCAUAGGAGUGAUGAAUGUGGAGGAGGAAGGGGUAGAAAUGAAGUGUAAGAGACGAGAAUAAAGAGAAAACAGAGCAAAAAGAUGUUAAUAAAGUGAUGCUCUGUCAGGAAAAUAUCCAAGUCAUAUUUCACCCCAAAAUCAAUGCAAAAAAAAAAAAAAAGUUUAAU